AAACUAACUUCCCCAAGAAAGAGGAACUCUCCUCCCUGCCUCGCUGUGUCAGGUGUGGUGGACGAGGGUUCCCUGCUAACUUGAACCACGGGCGAUUGUUAGCUGAGUCAAAUAAACCUUGCUAUUGCAUUCUGGACAUCUUCAGUCUCCCAUGGUCUCUUUGGGGGUCCUAAUCUAGGCAGAACAAUAGUAACAAUGAACAAAUUUAUAGACAUAUUUGAAGACUCACUGUUGAAUCCAAUAAUGUCAGGCUGGACACUGAACAACUGUCCCCCUUAUAACCUGUAUAGAUUUGAAGGCUUACCCUCUGCUAUCUUUAAGUUGUAUACAGUCAUGGUUGCAUACAAUCAGCAUUUACGAUCAAAGAGGACCAUGCACAACAGGCACUUAUGCCUUUCCCUGUGCCUAACUUGAAAUCCUCCCUGGCUAUACUUCGGGAUGACUAGCUGUUUAAAAACCUGUGCCCACAAUCUGUUUGUGUGGGCUCAGGAUGGCCGAAACUUGUUUGUUGGGUUCACAGCCCAACGAAGUAAGUGCUCAAUAAAUACCUAAGGACGCAGCUUUGUCCCUCCGGCUACUGGGCUCCUCCAUCCUCCAGUGCCACAGUUGAGUGCUCCAGUCUGCCGCUCGCAGGCGCUGCAACCAGGUACUGGAUGUCCCCAGGGCGACCAGCAACUCGCGUUCGCGCUCACCUUCUCCCGGCGCUUAUCCCUUUAAGGGCGGGCGGCGGGGCUGCGCACGGGCCUCGCUCUGGGCUGGAGCCUGCGCGUCCGUGUCCCCGGCGAAGGCGGCAUCUGCCGAGGACCCAGGGCGAGGAGCGGGGCGAUGCUCAGGCUGCGCGGCUGCUGCGCGCGUCCCCGCGGCGCCCCGGUCCGAGCCGAGCGGAGCCGGGCGGGCAGCCGUGCCUUGCGGGUGCUGGUGGACAUGGACGGCGUGCUGGCGGACUUCGAGGGCGGCUUCCUCCGGAAGUUCCGCGCGCGCUUCCCAGACCUGCCCUUCGUGGCGCUGGAAGACCGGCGCGGCUUCUGGGUGUCGGAGCAGUACGGACGUCUGCAGCCUGGGCUGAGCGAGAAAGCCGUCAGCAUCUGGGAGUCCAAGGAUUUCUUCUUUGAACUUGAACCUCUGCCAGGAGCUGUGGAAGCUGUGAAGCAGAUGGCCAAUCUGCAGAACACUGAUGUCUUCAUCUGCACAAGCCCCAUCAAGAUGAUCAAGUACUGUCCCUAUGAGAAGUACGCUUGGGUGGAGAAGCACUUUGGCCCUGAAUUUCUGGAGCAAAUUGUGUUGACCAGAGACAAGACUGUGGUCUCUGCCGACCUUCUCAUAGAUGACCGGCCGGACAUCACAGGGGCCGAGCCGCACCCCAGCUGGGAGCACAUCCUCUUCACCUCCUGCCACAACCAUCACCUGCAGCUGAAGCCCCCUCGCCGGAGGCUGCACUCCUGGGCGGACGACUGGAAGGCCAUCUUGGACAGCAAGCGUCCCCACUGAGGGCUGUGCUGGGACUCUCUCGUGGUCCAGUGUGGGGCUGGCAACUCGUGACUGGACAGCGGCCAGCCUGCUGAGGGCUGUACUGCGUUCCCUGGCACUUCCUGGAGGACCCCAGUGGACUCUCUGGUCAAGACAACUUCCUGGUACACUCCCCUUCUUCUCCUAGCCCAGACCUUAGCCUGAUCUUGGGCAGCACCAGGAGAAAGGCAUUUGCUCCCAGGCAGCUUGGCCUGGCCUCAGGCGGUGGACCACGCCAUUCCCUCUCACUGCUUCCAAUAGGGAUGUUCUCUAAGGCACUGGGGUGCCCUGGUCCAGGAUCUGCAGCCUUUGCAAAGGUAAGGAGUGCCAGAGAGAGAGAUGACAGGCUCCUCUGACAGGCAUGUGCCCUUCCACCUCCAACACGGUACCUUGUCCAGUUUGCCCACCUAGCCUGUUCUCUCGCCCUGGCUUUCAGUGGCCACCAGGCUCUUCUGGAGGCCAGCAGUGACCCUGCCUAUGGCUGGUGCUGUGGUUUCUUUCUCUGGUAUCCCUAGAUCCGGUUCACAGCCCAGAAAGGAGUCGGGAGGCUUGAACAUUUGUUGACCGUAUAAGAAAUAAAUGCUAUUGACAUAUA